CCCCCGCCCUUGGGAAGCGCCGAGUUCUGGGUGCUCAGGGUCGGCGCCGAGCUGGGGGAAGGGAGGCGCUCUCGGUGUCGGCGCAGGCGGAGGGGGCGUGAAGAAAGUCCUACGGUGGCCGCAGAGGGACGGCGCUACGGCUCCCACGCUGGGCCAAACGCGGCCGGCCGCCGGGCGCGGGAGCCCCCGGCCGGUCGGGGCGGCCCGGGCCAGGGACGCGUGAGUGUCCUGGCCGCUCCGUCGGCAGCAUGCUUCCGCCCUGCUCCCGCAGCCCCGAGGGACAGGGGGCCGGGCGGCUCGGGACGCCGGCGCGGAGAGGGCACCCGGGCCCCAUCCCCUGUGAUGAUACCGCCGGCCAUCAGCAGUCAUCCUCAGGCAGCUCUUGCCCUGUAACACCAGCUUCUCACAGCACCCCUGGGCGCCCAGUGUCCGUUUUGCAGAGCAGGGACGAUCUCAGGGGGAGGUGAUCUGCCCAAGGUCACUCCGUGGAUGACAGCACCAGGGUUCAGGCCCUGCAGGCCCAAGCCUCCCCCGGGGCUCAGCCUCAGACUCUCAGGCCCAGGUGCCCAUGACGCCUAUGCUGACCGCCGCCUGGACGCUGCCACCGCCGCAAGCUAGCGCCGAUGCCGGUCAUGCCCAUCCCCCGGCGGGUGCGCUCCUUCCACGGCCCGCACACCACCUGCCUGCACGCAGCCUGUGGACCAGCGCGCACCUCCCGCCUGGCCCGCACCAAGUACAACAAUUUCGACGUGUACAUUCGGGCGCGCUGGCUCUACGGCUUCAUCCGCUUCCUGCUGUACUUCAGCUGCAGCCUCUUCACGGCCGCGCUGUGGGGCGCGCUGGCCGCCCUCUUCUGCCUGCAGUACCUGGGUGUGCGUGUCCUGCUGCGCUUCCAGCUCAAGCUGUCGGUGCUGCUGCUGCUGCUCGGCCGCCGGCGCGUGGACUUCCGCUUCCUGAACGAGCUGCUCAUCCACGGCAUCCACGUGACCAUGCUGCUGGUCGGGGGACUGGGCUGGUGCUUCAUGGUCUUCGUGGACAUGUGAGGGCCCGGGCCUGGCUCUGGGGUGGAUCAUUGUGACCCGGUGUCAAUGUCCCUGCUGCGUGGUCUUCUUGGCCAAGUGGGUCAGGGCCCAUUCCACUCCCUCCCGCGGACAUGACCCACCGCCAGCCUGGGUCUGGCCCCUGAGAGGAAAGGGCUGAGACUUUUCUGUGAAGGGGACACUGGCGCCCUCCCUCCUGUUGAUUUUUGCCUGGAACCUUCUGUAUGUGCUUUAGGUCCAGUGUCCCCCGGGCUACCUGCUUGUGGUUUUAGCCCGCACUUUUCCAAGAUAUGCUGUGUGGUGCGGCCCAUGGGUCCAGUCUACACUUGGAGGGCCUGCGUCCCUGUCCCCUCUCCAGGACACUGGUGUCACCAGUGGUGUGGGAGGCCCCGGGGAGGGGUGUGCUGCCCAGGUGCAAGUCUGGAGGGUGGUUCUCCUGGCCACACAGCCUCCUCGGGUGCACUCCCGACCCCUGCCCCAGCCUUAGGGAAGUGUCAGGCUCCCCCAGCUGAUGCACUACACUGCCAUGAAGCUGCUCACUCUGCCCUGGGCCACUCAAGUCUGGGUUCAAGCCACAGACUCUUCUCUAUCUGUCACCCUGUGAGGCGGUGGGGUCCUGAGUGCCAGGCUGGGCUUCAGGGUCACCUUGGUCUGCUUGGCAGGUUCCUGGAUCAGGGGCCAGCCCAGGGGAGGGUCCAGGCGGACCAGUCGUCCUCCUGGCCAGGUCUGUUGAGGAUGUUGGCUGGAUGCUGUCAUCUCUUCACAUGUGGAUUUCUGAAGAGGCACCUCAGUUUCUUUCUGGCUUUUGGGGGCUGCUUUCAGUCCCUUCCCUUAAGGGAGCAUCCAGGAUUGAGUCGUGUGUGUUGGGAGCAGAGUCAGAGGAGGCGCAAGUGCAGAGAAGCUGCUGUUGGAGUCAGGGGUACACCAGGGCCAGACCUCCGAUGGAGGGGCUCUGCUGCCCCUUUGUUCCUGCCCCCGGCAGCAGUUAGAACAGCUGGGAGUGAAAGGCAGGCAUGAAUGUGGGCCAGGAAGGAGCCCUGGUCCGGGGGGCUUUUGGUUGUAGACCAGGGGGCCAGCAUCUCACCCAGGUGGCCCACCCUGGCCUUCUCUGUCAGACAGGGACAAGGCGGCUGUGGGCCUUGCAGGCAGGUGAGAGGCACUCUGAAGAUUGUGCUGGGACAGCAGAGGGACAUGUGGGAUGAAGGGCCCCACACUGGGGUGACAGGCCGAUGCUGUGUCACCCCAAGUUGUGUUCCCACACCCCUGGGCACGGGCAGGGGUCCCCUCAACCCGGCCUGGCCAGGCAGCCCUGCAGCCUGGGGAGCUGUCGGGACAGCUGUGUGCCACUGGAAGGAAACCCAAAUCAGGGAGAGAAAGCAAAAAACACCUGGCUGUAAACUGUGCUCUUCAGCGCGCAGCCAGCUUGUGUCCGUCAGUCAUCCACUGCUCGGAGGAGGAGGCUGGGGUGGGCCUGUCUGAGUCGCCUGGAGCCAGCUCACGUGGACCCCACUUCUCGGAGCUGCAGAGAAUCUUUUGCACUAAAUCAUGCUGUUUCCUAAAAGCUUUGUUUUGUGUUAAUUGACUCACAUUACUCAGAUCCUCCGAGGCCCCCUGUGAGGUGGGCACGUGUCCACAGGGCUGGGGUGGAGGGGUUGUGGCCGUGCGGACACAAAGCUGCUCGGUGUCUUGAGUGCCUGUGAAAUUCUUUAUGAAAUGAGCCACCUGCAUUAAACUUAUUUUUUUAACA